CUGAUGCGUUCCAGCUGGUGAAGAUGUUCGGGUUCAUCCUGGACCGCCCUCUGAUCCAGGACCAGCUGCGUCCCCACCUGCAGCGCCUGGUGGAGAUGGUUCUGGAGGAGCUGGAUCAGACGGAGCGCCUGUCCAUAAGUCAGAGGGACAAACCAGACACGUUCAGCCGGUCCCCCCCCACCGCCGCAGCUGGACUCUGCUGGAGCCGCCAGCUCCGCCUCAGAGCUGAGGACACGCUGGGACACUACACUGCUGUUCAGCACCUGUACCAGGACUCAGGGUUGUCCCAGCAGGUUCUGCUGAGGUUCCAGCAGAUUGUGGACGCCCUGCAGGACUUCGGGGACGACGUGAGGUCCGCCUGGAGCUUGCAGCUGGACUCAGACUGUGGAUUCAUCCUGGAUCAACCUCUGCUACAACACAACCAGCAAGGCAUGCUGGGAGUCAGCUGCAGCCACAAGCUGGACUCGGUGCUGAGGCAGCUCCGGUACGUGAGCAGAGAGACGGAUGUUGAGCUCCAACCGCACGCCGCUCGACUCUACACCUGCAGAGAUGACAUCACACAGAGCUACCUGGUCCUGACUCACACCAUGUCCUGUUACAACCAGGUGGUGAGUGACGCGCUGCAGGAGGAGGUUCCUCUGAUCCAGAACCAGCUGCAGGACCUGAACCGAACUCUGUCGGACCUGCAGACGACCACCUGGAGCUGUGAAGGUGACACACAGAGCACCACAAACAGAACAAAUCUUGUUUUGGGGGGGGUCAUGUUGGAGAAGGAGAACCAGGGAAUGAGUCGGGGGGGCAGAGAAUCACAAUCUGAAAUACUUUAUUGA